AUGUUUAGAUCUUUUAGAUAAAUUCUACUCAACUCAUCAUCUUUUUAGUAGACAUCAAGAAUGAGCUAUCUAAAGUCUUUUAUCUUUAAAGGAAAUGAAAUAAGUAACUGCAGAGAAUUAGGGUUUGUUAACUAAAAAAUGGAAUAAUAAAUUCCAAGUAGCAUGAGUGCCUUAAAAACAAUUUACAAUUAUGUUAAGUAUCCUUAAAAACAUAAAUAUUCAUUGAUUAUAAUUGAAUUAUCAAAGCUACUUCGUUCUAAUUAAGACAGCCUGUAAUAAUAAAAAGUAAAUUCUUAGCUAAUCGAUUUAGCUGUUUGUACUGAAAAUGUUAAUUUAGCCAUUUACCUUCACGCAUCUCUCUCAAAUUUCAAGAACAUUAUCAAGGACCAAAACUACUUUGUUGCUAAAAUUUUAGAAAAAACUUUAAGCAAUAAAAAGCUAGUACUUUCUGGAGAUUUCUUCCACGUUAAGGCCUCUUCAUUAAGUUCUAAAAUUGGGUAUAUAGAAAUACCUUAAUAUUUCUCAAAGAUAGAAGAAAAUGUUAGCAAGGGAAUGAUUAUUCAAGAAACAUUAAACAAAAGAAUGCUAAAAAAUGAACCUGUAGAAUAAAAAGAAGUUGAAAAAAUGAUAGAAUUGAGGGAUACCUCUUUGAUUUCUUAUUCAUUGAAAUGCUUGGGAGUUAUCAUUUAAUUGAAUUAAUAAGACUAAGAACAGUUAUAUCAAAUUGGAGUAACAAUAGGCAGAAUUCUUCAUCUCAAGCACUCUUUAAUUUUAAAUAAAUAAUUACCAGAUGGCUUAAUAAAAUUAGAGUUAUUGAAACUUUUUAAAUCCGAAAAGGAACCUAUCGAAACUACAGAGGAAUAAGUCAAAGUGGAGAAAUAAAAACUAAUUUAAUAAUUAAAAAUGCAAUUAUAAAAAUUCAAGAUUGAAGAAUAAAAAAUAAAUGAGUUUGUUAGACUUAUUUGA